AUGCAUACUUACUGGCUAGGAACCCAGUCUAUCAUCGCGCUCACCGAUUACGACCUCAUCAAAAAGCACAUUAUCAACGAUGGCGAAAAAUACGUGAAUCGAAGUGGGAUUGGCGAUUUGAUGCAGGAAUACCUAGGCGGUGAUUUCGGCAUCGUCAGCUCGAUGGGUGAUUUGUGGAGAGAGCAGAGAAGGCUUACUGUCCACAUUCUUCGUGAUUUCGGGAUGGGCCGAAAUGUGAUGGAGGAGAGGGUGAUGAUCGAGGUCGACUUCCUACUAGAACGGCUCCAGAGUCUGAAGUCGGGCAUCGCGAUGCAGAAUGAAUUCGACGUUGCCGUUGGAUCGGUCAUCAACAAUAUUCUUUUUAGCUACCGUUUCGACGAGGCCCACAUGGACGAAUUCAUCUUGAUGAAAACUUCACUUCGAGAUCUAGUGAAAGUUGUGAUGAACCCGACGUUCCUGAUAGCCGCCAUGCAGCCAAAACUUCGCGGGCUUCCCCCAUUUAAAGGGCUCUUCCAAAAAUUCUACUCGGCUAGGGACGCACUAUUGACCGGUAUUCGAGGGCAAAUUGCGGAAAAGCGGAAGGUGGUCAACUAUGAUUCAGAGGAAUCUGACGAUUUUGUGGAAGCAUACCUGAAAGAGUGGGAACGAAAGAAGGGGACCGAUCAAGAAGCUUUCUAUUUUGAUCAACAGCUCGUCGCGGUCGUGCUCGACGUUUGGGGAGCCGGUAUGGAAACCACCUCAAAUACCCUCACCUGGGCCGUAUGCUACAUCCUCAAUACACCCCACGUACAACCGAAAAUGCACGAGGAAUUGGAUCGCGUGAUCGGCUGCGAACGCAAAGUCGAAUGGGCUGACCGCAACGCUUUGCCGUAUAUGAAUGCGGUGAUUAGCGAAACGCAAAGGCUGGCUAAUCUACUACCAAACAACCUUGGUCGCGUUACGACGGCGGAUACGGUAAUCGAAGGCUACCGUAUCCCAGCCGGGCAGGCUAUUUCACCGCAAAUCAGCUGCGUGCUUUAUAAUGACGAGAUUUUCCCUGAACCGUACAGCUUCAAGCCUGAGCGCUUCAUAAAUUCCGAUGGCAGCUACAAAAGAUACGAAGAAUUCAUUCCGUUCUCGGUCGGAAAACGAGCAUGUCCUGGCGAGGGACUGGCCCGAAUCGAGCUGUUCUUAUUCCUAGCUAAUGUCUUUCAACGAUUUAAGGUUUCCUCCGAUCAGAAACCGUCAAUGGAAAAGAUUGCCGGCUCUGUCGUUACGGCCCAUCCGUAUAAUUGUAAUAUGGAGGUUAGGCAUAAU